UCUAAUUUCUGGUUUCUGGCAUUUUCCUAACCUAACAUUGUUGGAUUCAUUGCGUUGUUUAUGUCGGAAAGAAUUCGUUAUAUUUUAUUUUUUGAUGGCUUUUCCGCAACCCAACGCUCAAAGAGAAUUAGCAAAUCGUAAAAUACUGGAAGAAUUACAACUCAAGAAACAGUUACUGCUUAAACAAGGCGUUGCCUCGACUUUAAACUCAUCUGCUUUGCCAGUUCUGGGUUCCACAACAGUUCAGAGUGCUGACGGUCAUUCUAUGAACUCUGUUCAAAGAGCCGCUCUCCAGACCGCUCACACCCAAUCAACUGGUUUCUUCAUCUCGCAGGAUUCUUCCUUUGGUAAUUUAAUAUUACCUGUAUUACCUCGCUUUGACACAAAGUGAAGUAAUGUUCCCCUGUCUCAAA